AUGUGCCAGGGGAGCAUCUGGCCGUGGAGGGGCCCCCUGCCUCGCCUCCAGGUGUGGACCUGGAUCGAGCCUGUGGUGGCCUCCACGCAGGUGGCCACCUCCCUCUACGACGCGGGGUUGCUCCUCGUGGUGAAAGCGUCCUUCGGAGUCGGGACCUUCUCCAAUCACAGUUCCAGCCCGUCGCCCCGGGGGGCUCUCGAGGACGAACAGCAGAGGGCCAUCUCCAAUUUCUACAUCAUCUACCAGCUGGUGAUGGGCCUGACGCCCCUGCUGUCGGCCUACGGGCUGGGCUGGCUCAGCGACCGCUACCACCGCAAGGUCUCCAUCUGCGUGCCCCUGCUGGGCUUCCUGCUCUCCCGCCUCGUGCUGCUGCUCAAAGUGCUGCUGGACUGGCCCGUGGAGAUGCUGUACACAGGGGCCGCGCUGACCGGACUGUGCGGCGGCUUCUCUGCCUUCUGGUCGGGGGUCAUGGCCCUGGGAUCCCUCAGCUCCUCCGAGGGCCGCCGCUCCCUGCGCCUCAUUGUGAUUGACCUGAUUCUGGGCUUGGCGGGGUUCUGCGGGAGCAUGGUCUCGGGACAUCUCUUCAAGCAGAUGGUCGGGCACUCCAAGCAGGGCCUGGUGCUGACCGCCUGCAGUGUAAGCUGUGCCACCUGUGCCCUUUUGUACAGCCUGUUCAUGCUGAAGGUCCCCGAGUCCAAGGCCAAGCCCUGCAAGGCCGUGGAUAUAGUGCCUGGCACUGCCGGCAGGUAUGACACCCUGGAUCCUGAUCAGACAGACAAGCAGAAUGUGGCGGGGCCCCCUCCACCUCCUGCAAUGGCUAAGCCCAAACAAAUCAUCAUUGCCCUGCUCUUUGUGGGCGCCAUCAUCUAUGACCUGGCAGUGGUGGGCACAGUGGAUGUGAUGCCGCUUUUCGUGCUGAGGGAGCCUCUGAGUUGGAACCAAGUGCAGGUGGGCUAUGGUAUGGCUUCGGGGUACACCAUCUUCAUCACCAGCUUCCUGGGCGUGCUGGUCUUCUCCCGCUAUUUCCAGGACACCACCAUGAUCAUGAUCGGAAUGGUCUCCUUUGCGUCAGGAGCCCUCCUCUUGGCUUUUGUGAAAGAGACAUACAUGUUCUACAUUGCUCGGGCCAUCAUGCUGUUCGCUCUCAUCCCUGUCACAACCAUCCGAUCAGCAAUGUCCAAACUCAUCAAGGGCUCCUCUUAUGGAAAGGUGUUCGUCAUCCUGCAGCUGUCCCUGACGCUGACUGGGGUGGUGACAUCCACGCUGUACAACAAGAUCUAUCAGCUCACCAUGGAGAAGUUCAUCGGCACCUGCUUUGCGCUCUCCUCUUUUCUCUCCUUCCUGGCAAUCCUACCGAUUGGCAUCGUGGCCUAUAAGCAAGCCUCAUGGUUGCAGCCUGGAGACAUCACAGAGAAAUGA